AAGUGAAGUGCGAAAGGGUCUUCUGGUGGUGGUGAGAGAAACACACACACAGGAAUUCGUAAAUCGUUGGCGUCGCAAUAAAAAGUGCUUUUCGGAAGUGGAAGGAAAGAAAAAAAAAGCAGAAUUGUUCCCACCAGCAUAUUCUGAUAUUCCAAAGAGUCAAGUUUCGACGCCUACCCAUUUCGUUUCCUUUCGUUUCGCUCCUUCUUCUUCUCCACGCAAAGCUUUGUUCCCAAGCAGUCUUUUGUCUCUGUAAGGCUUCGGCAGUAGUAGCAGCAACAAGAAAGCGAAGAUGCAUUCGAAUCACCUCCUUCUAGAAGAGCCCAUUCGGAUGGCUUCGAUUCUCGAGCCAUCCAAGGCUAGUUUUUUCCCCGCAAUGACGAAGAUUGUGGGUACGCUCGGGCCCAAAUCUCGAUCCGUGGAGGUUAUCGCUUCUUGCCUCAAUGCUGGAAUGUCUGUGGCCCGAUUCGACUUUUCAUGGGGAAACACGGAAUAUCACCAGGAGACGCUGGAGAAUCUGAAGGCGGCUGUGAAGAGUACUAAGAAGCUUUGCGCUGUUAUGUUGGACACUGUGGGUCCUGAAUUGCAGGUUGCUAACAAAACCGGGAAUCCUAUUUCACUCCUGGGAGAUGGCCUCGUUGUUCUGACACCAGAUCGCGGACAGGAACCAUCCUCACAGCUGUUGCCCAUCAAUUUUGAUGGAUUGUCAAAGGCAGUGAAGAAGGGAGAUACCAUUUUUGUUGGCCAGUACCUGUUCACUGGAAGUGAAACUACUUCUGUGUGGUUGGAGGUUUCUGAAGUGAAAGGAGAAGAUGUUGUUUGUUCAGUAAAGAACUCUGCAACAUUGGCUGGUUCAUUGUUCACUUUGCAUGCCUCUCAAAUUCAUAUUGACCUGCCUACUCUCUCUGCUCAAGAUAAGGAAGUUAUAAGCAGUUGGGGACUUCAAAACAAAAUUGACUUUCUCUCACUGUCAUAUACCCGGCAUGCAGAAGAUGUUCGCCAAGCCCGCGAGUUCCUUAAUAAGUUGGGUGACCUCAGUCAGACACAGAUUUUUGCUAAGAUUGAAAAUAUGGAGGGAUUAACCCAUUUUGAUGAGAUUCUACAAGAAGCUGAUGGUAUUAUCCUCUCCCGUGGGAAUUUGGGCAUUGAUCUCCCACCAGAAAAGGUCUUUUUAUUUCAGAAGGCUGCCCUUUACAAAUGUAACAUGGCUGGAAAGCCUGCCGUGGUAACUCGUGUUGUGGAUAGUAUGACUGACAACUUGAGGCCAACCCGUGCAGAAGCAACUGAUGUUGCAAAUGCUGUAUUGGAUGGAAGUGAUGCAAUUCUUCUUGGUGCCGAGACUCUUCGUGGUUUGUACCCUGUUGAUACUAUCUCUACGGUUGGUAGAAUUUGUGCCGAGGCAGAGAAGGUUUUCAACCAAGACUUAUAUUUCAAAAAGACUGUCAAAUAUGUUGGAGAGCCAAUGACACACUUGGAAUCUAUUGCAUCCUCAGCGGUACGGGCAGCCAUUAAGGUGAAGGCAUCUGUUAUUAUUUGCUUCACUUCUUCUGGAAGGGCUGCAAGAUUGAUUGCUAAGUAUCGGCCCACGAUGCCCGUUCUUUCAGUCGUCGUUCCUCGGCUCAAGACUAAUCAACUUAAAUGGAGCUUUACUGGAGCCUUUGAGGCAAGGCAAUCGCUUUUAGUCAGGGGUCUUUACCCUAUGCUUGCUGAUCCUCGACAUCCUGCUGAGUCUACCAGUGCAACAAACGAGUCAGUUCUGAAGGUUGCUCUUGAUCACGGAAAAGCUUCCGGAGUGGUAAAGUCGCACGACCGAGUAGUUGUUUGCCAGAAAGUUGGUGAUGCCUCUGUUGUCAAGAUUAUAGAGCUUGAAGAUUAGAGUUUCUUCUUACCCUCAUUCUGUCUGAGGUAUAAUUUCCCUUUUUGUCUUUUCCGGGAAAUGGACCAGUUCGUGUCACCUGUGAGGUUUAUAUACCCCAGGUGUUGGUGACUUGCUUGUUGAUUUGGCUUCUAUAAAGGAUUAUACACCGGGGCAAUUGUAAUCGUUUAUCACAAUUCAAGUCAUGGUGUACAUGACCUCUCAUUUUGUCUUUACAUAUCAAAAUCAUUCAAGUCUCCAAUAAAGAUGCUUUUUUUUAUAU